AUGGUGGAGAACCCCUGGUCAGCUGCGCGGGAGGAGAUCCCGGAGUCCGUGCAAUCCCUGGUGGCGAUGUGGGGAGGGUGUGAUGCACCACACAGCGACAACGAUUGUGGAAUCGAAAAACGACUGGAGUUGGACUUCCGCGGAGUAAUUGAGCCGAGUGACGUAGCAGUGGCAGAUCUCGCGUCUGUUAUGUCACACGCAGGGGAGCUGCUGGAGCAUCAUUCCGUCGGAAAUGGUCUCGUUUCCCUUAUGUUUAGCAACAGCAUGUUGCAGUUGACAGAGAAGCUGGUUCUCGUGACAUCGUCGUCCUCUGUGCUGCUGCACUUGGUUUUGGGUCCGCUGCUGGAUCUGCUUCGCAGCCACGCUUUUGCUAUUGAAUGGGCUUCCUUUAUGCGCAUGAACAUCACCUCUCCAUGGAGCUCGCUGUGCGAGAUGAGUGAGACUAUGGCACAGGAGUACGCGGAGCUGAAGUCUGCCUUUCCUUCUGGCCAUCCGUACCUGACAGGCCCCCUUGAUAGCGGUCACUUCUUCUACUUUGUGUAUGAUGGGAUUGAACGGAAUGUUUUGGACGCGCCACCUGAAGACGAUGUACAAAUCAAUAUUUAUAUGUACAACGUAAAAACUGAUGGUUCCCGCGACGACAGUGGAGCUCUAAAGAGCGUACGACAGGUGCUUCCACUGAGUUCCACGGAGUAUGAGAUACUGCGAGUCUCUACAGACAGCACGUCGCAUCCCUUUGCAUCAUUUGAAACAAACGCCGUGAUGGCUUCUACGAAAACGGCAGAGCUGUUGAGAGGGCUUCUUGAGAAAUUCUGCCCCGACCAGGUAAUGAUGGUUGUGCUGCAGGACCGGUGCUGCCCUCUUUCCGAACGCAACAAUAUUUUUGACGAGGUGAAGGGCUACACUAUCAUGAACCGCGCGACGAAUCAUUUCGGGCAGGGCUACGCGUUCCACCAGAUCAGCUAUGUUCGCGCUGAGUGA